AUGACCUGGAUCUUGGCAUCCACGGUUCGCCUCAGCAAGUCCACCAGGUUCGGGAAACUGAGCCGCGCGUACUCCCCACGGAGCUUGAAUUCUGAAUUGGCAGUUUUCGUGGGAGCAAGCAGCGAAGGACCCAAACAAUUAUUUCAAUUUGAGGACGACCUGAGAACGAGAGAGUUUGAUGGAGGACGAGGCCGCCGCUCUCCGCAAAAUGCAAAUAGAAAAGAAGUGGAUCCCCAAUCAGUUUUUGUCGGCAAUGUGGAGUAUGGACAGCCCAAGAGAUAUGCAUAUGUUGAAUUUGUUAUGCCUCCAUCUACUAACAAACUUGGUGAUGAGGUCAUGAGGUUGAUGAUCUUGAUUCUACCGAAAGAGGGUCUGCCGGAUUUGGAUCCACCG